AUGGAACUAGAGAAUGAGGUUUCGCUUGUGAUUAGCGAAUUGGUUUCCACAAGCCUUCCUUUGGCUCUUUUAAGACCUCUUAUAAAAGACAUAAUAGCCAUAUUAAACUCACCAGCCGCCAGCGGAGAAGGGGUCUCUAUGAUUUUGAAAAAGUACAGAGGUCUAGCUGAUAUCGGCCAGGAGAAUCUACCUAAGUGGCAAAAGUUGGAAAAUGUUCUAAGGUUAAUUGCUAGUUCAUCUAGCAGCGAAGAGGCUUUGGCGUACGUGAGGUUUGUACGCACUGUGUUGGAUGAAGCACCGCAGCGUUCGCCCUUCAACGGGCCAGCGCCCCCACUUAGCUUCAACUCUCUAGAAAAACAUGAUAGCAUUAUGACGCCUGUAAAGAAUACACUGGCUUACGCAGAGUCAUUUGAAAAUAUCGAUCGCUAUUCUGACAGGAGGUCUAUUUUGUCGUCAGCUUACCGGGGCAACUUACGAGAGACUAAAAACACAACGUCGCUUGCAAGUCUUUCUAACCCAUAUUACAGUGGUGUUCCAUCCGAGGAAGAAAUUUUAAAGUCCGUGCCAUACACCUUGCUAGCGACAACUUCUCAUUUAUUCAAAUUCGAUAAAGGAAGCGUACACAUCCCAGACAAUGUUCCAAACGGUGAAAGCGGGAUACUUCACAUGCUUUUCGAAGUGGCGCUGCUUUACCAAUAUUUACAGAAGCGCGUCGAAGACUAUAAAGCGUCAGGCACGCUCUCCCCCCUCAAAACUGCUUUUAUUGCUCACAUUAAUACACAACUUCACCACUACAUGAGUACGGUGAACACGCUUUCUAAAAAUCCACAAAUACAGUCGUUAAGAGCCCUGUAUAUUGAGAUUCACCAUUUCAUUUUUGAAUUUCGCAUUUACCAUAGUUUCAUUACAAAUCUUCAAUCAUUGAGAGGAGACCAGCUUUUGUCACAAAUGCAUAACUUGAAAAAUCACGGAGAUGUUCUCGUAAAGGAAAUAUCAACAUCCGCUUACCAAUCGCUGGCGACCCUAUACUACGAAUACGUCAUCAAUUGGCUAACCCGAGGGCAGCUUGAGGCACAUCAGGAAUUUUUUGUGGAAGUUGUGCCUUCUUCGCAACACAACGCAACAGCUCUUCAAUAUUCAGCAGAAAAAGUUCCUUCUUUUUUACCAAAACUAACUGCGGAUGAAAUAUUCAUGAUUGGCAAGACCCGUGUUUUUCUUGAGAGAGAUUGCAAAGAAAUACAAUGGGUUAACGACAGUAGUCAAAAGUUCUCAUCCAUUUACCGCUCUUUGAAUGGCGAAGGUUCCACGGAGUUUCAAAGUGUUGUUCAUUCGCACUACGUUGAAGUAAUCUCAUUUUGCCGGAAAGCUCUCGAAGAGAAAUACGCUUUUUCUGGCGUGCUUGGACUUUUAAAGAAUGUUCUUCUUAUGGGGAAAGGUGAUUUCAUAGACCAAAUGAUACAAAAUUCUUCUGAGUUCCUUCAAGAACCUUCCGUAUCUCUGCCAAGCUACAAGCUGACUAGGUGUCUACAGGAAUCCAUUAAAAAAUCAUCAUUGAAGAAGUUUCUGCAAAAGCCAUAUCUAAAUUCUAUUGUUAACGGGAUCGACGCUAGGGUUCUUGAAAUGGGGAGCGGUUCAAUCGGAUGGGAUGUCUUUACGCUCGACUACCUGCCGGCAAAACCCCUUACAUUCGUCCUUGAUUUCAAUCACAAUGGAGGAAGGAAGGAGUAUCUCCGACUUUUUAACUUUUUGUGGAGAAUAAAGAAGAAUAACUUCUUCUUCCAAGAGCAAUGGUUGAGAAAUAAUUCAUUGAUGCGCGACUUUAAAAGACUGAGACGCAAUCAACCUCUGGUGAGGGACGUUAUGAAGAAGAUGGAUAAGAUCAAUACAUUAAAGCAUAACGUACAGCACUUCAACAGGAAAAUUGAAGCCUAUUGCUUUCAAUCAAUAAUUGAUAAAAACUUCCGCAAUCUUCAAAAAAAGCUUUCUAUGGAAAAACCAGGUUCCGAAACCCAAGUUAAUGUUACGGUUUUGAAAAGCGGAUUAAAGGUUGCAAGCGGGAUUUUGCGGCCCCAAUCCCAACUUUUGCACCAACUAGGCGUAAAACGUGAAAGCAGUUCAUGCCAUAAUAUGCAAUACACAAUCGAUGAAUUGAAAGAAAUGCAUGAUCACUAUCUCCAGGCGAUGUUGGGCCAUGAACUUUUAGACUCUUCUAAUAAGCACAAAAAAUUGGGAACUUUCACGAAUCAACACUACCCCUCUAGCUUAAUUGUGAUCUUAGGGGAAAUUUUUGAAUUUAUUUUACAAUACUCCGAGCUCAACGAACUUGUUCAUGAGCUCCUCAUCCAACUGAGUUUGCAAAACGAAGAUGGGAUAUCAGCACUACUGUCGCGGCUGAACGAGCUCCUAGGAAAGGUUGUGAGCCGUUAUAGGUGGAUCCAAAAGACAUGCUACUACUUCAUAAAAGACCUGAAAGCGGAUGGGGAUACCGAGCUGUUCAGUGUCAGUAGAAUUCUGCGUUAA